AUGUCCAACCAGACCCUCGGCGCUAGUCCAGCUGCCUCCGUCGAUGUUGCCCAGCCCCCAAACGGUCACAAGCACUUGUCCCCUACGGAGCGUCAGGCUGUCUACGAAAUGCUUCUAGGAGCUGCCAUAGGAGCGGUACUCCCUCGAGGGGUCAUUGUCAAAGCAGCGAAGCAGUUUGGCUGCCACGAACGCACCGUAUCACGCAUCUGGGUUCGAGCGCAGCUCUCCCUGCGGCAUGGUAGCAUCUCAGCUGAUGUCCGCACGAAAUUGCGUGAAAGCGCAAUUCGAGCAGUCCCGUUGAUGUCGCGGCAGACUCUUCGUUCGCUUUCGGCUGCGUGUGGGAUCCCAAUGACAUCCAUUAUUCGCCACAAGAAGAAGACCCCAAGAUUCAAGGCCAAGUCCAACUACGUCAAACCAUUCCUCACGUCAGCGAACAUCGAAGCUCGUCUGAGGUACGCAAUGCCCUUCGUUCGACCUUUGUCAAAUGGUCGCCACUCUUUCUCCAACAUGCUCGAUUUCGUGCAUGUUGAUGAAAAGUGGUUCUAUUUGACGAAGGUCAAACGUCGGUACUAUGUGUACGAUGACGAAGAGGUGGCUGCGCGCUCCGUCAAGCCCAAGCACUACAUAACCAAGGUUAUGUUUCUUGGCCCCGUGGCCCGUCCCCGCUACGGCCAUCACUGCAAGAAGUUUUGGGACGGCAAGGUUGGUGUGUGGCCCUUCGUUCAAGUGUCGCCGGCGUUGCGUGGAAGCAAGAACCGCCGCAAGGGCACCCUUGUCACUGUUCCUCAAGCCCUGUAUUUUGACGCCGUGCUGAACAAGGUCAUCCCUGCCAUUAUGGCCAAGUUUCCUGGCGGUGUGCGGCGCGGUAACGUGUUCCUCCAACAAGACAAUGCCAGCCCGCACCGUUGCGUUACGACAGAGCUGCUUCAAGCCAAAGGUGUGCGUGGGAUUGUUGUAGCAAAUCAGCCUCCCAACAGUCCAGACUUUAAUGUCUUAGAUUUAGGUUUUUUUAAUUUAUUCAAAGUCUUCAGCACCAAAAGGCAACUCGUUCAAUCGAGGAGCUUAUUGGGGCUGUAG